UACAUUCAACAACAUCAUGUCGACCGUCUCACAGAUGCCUCAUGGACCUCGUGAUCCGGUUUCUGCAAGACUGUGACAGGAUUGUCCUGCCCCAUAACCGACGCUGCUCAACCUUAAAACAGUGACGUCGAGCAACAUUUCCCGAGAUUAUGCUGAGCAUCCUUGCAGCUGGCUCCAUAUUCUUCCCCGGCCUUUUCCUGCUGUCUAAGCGAAUCCUGAAACAUGGUCCUGGGCUCAAAUGGAGCGAGAAGGAUGCUGUCAUUGUCUCGUCCAGGCUGGUGUCCUCCGUUCAAGCCAUUAUGGCGUCCUCUGCCGGAUACAUCAUCGCCUGUUCUUGUAAAGACAUCAUCGAGGACCAGCAUUGGCUUACCAGCAGCUAUAUCCUUUUUGCGGUCCCCUACUUCAUCUAUGACAUCUAUGCCAUGUUCUUGUGCCACUGGUACAAACUUCAGGUCAAAGAUCACGAGGAGGAUAGCGAGGCCAAACCGAUGAGGUCAGCCAUCAGCGGCUAUCUGCGCAGAGAGUUCCUUAUGGUCUUGCACCAUGUCGUCAUGGUUACUGUCUGUUUCCCUGUCUCUGUGUUCUGGAGACAGGGCAAAGGGGAUUAUUUCCAGGGUGUGAUGUUCCUGGCAGAACUCAGCACCCCAUCUGUCUGUCUGGGAAAAAUACUCAUCCAGUACAAGCAACAGCACACUCUCCUACAUAAAGUCAAUGGAGCUCUUAUGCUGGUCACUUUCUUCAUCUGCAGAGUUCUUCUCUUCCCCUACCUCUACUACGCCUACGGCAGGUACGCAUCAAUCCCCUUCUACAUGGUGCCGCUGUCCGUGCCCUGGCAGUAUAACGCAGGUGCAGCUUUGCUCAUGGCCCCGCAGGUUUACUGGUUUUCCCUCAUCUGCAGAGGUGCCUUUCGCCUCUUCACCAGAGCCUCGCGGCACAAAGCGGCUGUUAGCAGCACUGACUCUGAGCCGAAAACCUCACUCCUGCCCUCUGCCAAUGGAUACAGCCCAAGAGAGGCUGACUCGCACUGAGAGAGGGGUAGAAAUAGAGAUGUAGUUGCAGGGUUGUUAGGUUUAGGCCAAAUAGGAAACAGAAGGCAGAUUGACUGAGUUCAAUGGGUGGAUCUUUUUUGACCCCUGCAGAAACACUGAAGCUGUGUAACCUCUAGAUUCACCACAAUCCUCUCUUUGAGAAGAAAAAUAAGACUUCAGACCAAACCAAACAGAUAUUUUUUUUCUAUAACAUGCUAGUCUCUGUGUCAGAGCAUUAGGUUGGGGAAAUGUCUGCUUUGCAGGGUUAGUGCAUCAUUUGUAAAGUACCAUGGUCAUAAGCUUCAGAAAAAGGGACUGAUGUGGACGAAGCAGGAACAGUAUUUAAAAUGAGUGAUGGAUGGAAGGAUUGAAAGAGACCUCCCGUUCUCCUCUCUUGAGUAUCUCUGUCUCUUUGUUUGUCACAUUUGCAUAGAGGAUACAAAAAAGGAAACUGAGAUUUCUCUGUCAAUUUGUACAUACAAUUUUAUCAUUUACAUUGAAUUCCAAAUAGAUUUUGAAUUUAUUUUAGAUUUGUGUUGAAUCUGUUCGUUAUUUAUUUAGUUCUAUUCCUCAUUAAGGGCGGAUAAGUUUAAAGCAAAGCGGCUCACUAC